AUGUGUCUUCUCAGGAACCUGGGGAGAAGAGACGAAGACGGUGACCGACGGAGCCUGUGUGAAACGUACCUACCCGAUGUCGGUCGUGGUUCGUGCGCUGUCGGCGGACUUACCGGAUACCCACCUGCGUGGAAGACCUGCAGAACGCCAGCUAUUUAUUUAGCUUUAAAAUAUAUAAAUAGGAAAGGUCAUCGUUGCUGUGUGAUUUACACUGACUUAGUUAGUGCACUUCAGGCUUUGAUCUCGUGCGAACCUAGUUUUCACUCUAUAGUGAUUAAAAUUUAUAAUUUUAUUUGCCAUCUUCUUACGAGGAAUCUCUUUAUAAAAUUUUGUUGGGUACCUGGACACGUCAGCAUAAGAGGGAACGAAGAAGCUGAUGCAGCUGCAAAGGCUGCUAGUCCUUCACAGCAUGAAAUGUGUUUUGAAGGAAGUGAUUUGAAGCUAGUAGUUAAAAAACGACUAGCAGAGCGAUGGCAAAACGUGUGGAAUGCACAAAUCCACAAUAAACUACAUGAGAUCAAGCCGAAUAUAGAAAAUUGGACACGUAACAAACGUUAUGACAGGAGAUCUGAAGUAAUUCUUAGUCGUUUGAGAAUUGGGCAUACUCGGUUGACUCAUCAAUACCUUUUGAAGGGUGAAGACCAGCCACCAUGCCAAUAUUGUAACUAUACUGUAAGUGUUAAACACAUACUUUACAACUGCAUUGCCUCUGAGAGGAUACGUAGACAGCAUUUUGAAAAUGCAUGUUUUAAAGAGAUUUUGGGCCAGAGGCCAAAUCUUCAUAAGUUAUUGAACUUUCUGAAAGUCACUAAUUAUUAUAAACAAAUUUGAUUAUUUAUUUAUUUAUUUAU